UCCUAACCACGUCACUCAUCUGUUUCGUUUUGGAUUUUUCCAAUGCAUUUCUGUCUCUCGGUCUUAAUUUCUGUCUUUGACCUAGCCUCUUUCUGUUGGAAAGCAGGAAUCAUAUCAGAUAUAGAUGGCUCAGAUAAUAUCUCACUCUCAAUUGCUUGUUCAUUAACUGGUAGUUCUGUGUGCACGUAUAUAUAUAACCUCUCAGAGUCACAGAAGACAGAGAGUUUUAGCUUUGGUUUGCAUAGGCAUAUCUAAAAGCUGUCGUACAUAGAUUUGGAGAUAUAUAUGGAGAUGGGGUUUGUGAGGAAUUGGUUCAAAUGGUCGCAGCUGGUUUUAGCUAUGGUGAUGGUGCAGAUGUUUGUAGCGGGGAUGAACUUGCUUUCCAAAGUGAUUCUGAGUGAGGGAAGCUUCAUUUUUGCACUCAUGGCAUACCGGCAUGUGGUUGCGGCUGUUUGUGUUGCUCCGUUUGCCUUGUGUUUUGAAAGAAUUAAGGAACAGAAGUUAGGCUGGCGUGUUUGGUUCUGGCUAUUUGUCAAUGCCUUAACUGGGAUAACAGCAGCAAUGGCGUUGUUUUACUAUGGCCUCCGAGACACCACAGCUACAUAUGCUGUCAACUUCCUCAACUUAAUUCCCAUAGCCACCUUUGUCCUCUCCACCAUCACAGGAACGGCGAAACUGAAUCUGAAAACAAGAGCAGGGAAGAUUAAGAGUCUGGGGGUGAUAGUAUGCGUUGGGGGAGCCAUAACUACUAGUAUUUACAAGGGAAAAGCAUUUUAUAUGGUUCAUCACAGAAAUAAUCACCAUCACAUCACUUUUGAUACAUCUUACGCUCAUUGGACUCGCGGCACUAUCAUGCUAGUUCUUAGCUGCCUCUCCUAUUCUACGUGGUUCAUUGCACAAGUUAAAUUGCUCAAAAUAUUUCCACUGAAAUAUUGGUCAACAAUGUUAAUCUGCAUCAUGGCAACCCUGCAAUCAACGAUCGUAGGCUUAUGUUUAGACACAAGUACAACUUCAUGGAGAAUAGGGUGGAAUCUGCAACUAGUCACUAUACUUUAUUCGGGAGCACUGGCAACCGCUGCAACAUUCUGCUUGCUUUCAUGGGCAAUCUCAGUCCAAGGACCUCUCUAUCCUCCUAUGUUUAAUCCAUUGUCUCUCAUUUUUGUGGCGAUAUCAGGAGCUCUCAUACUCGGAGAAGAUAUUAGAAUGGGAACCUUGCUGGGCAUGGUUAUGAUCAUAGUUGGGUUGUAUUCGUUUUUAUUGGGUAAACAGAAGGAGACGAAAAACAUGUCUUUGCCCGAGCAAGCAAAAACAAAUGCAGAGCUCGCCGGGGGUCAGUUGAAAGCUGCAGUUAUGCCAACUACGUCACCGGAUAACUGUCUCCUCUGCAAUGAUAGCAUUUCUGUUCAUGUUGAUCAUGAAGAUGAGUCGAAACAAAAAGUGCCACAGUAAAUUCUAGAGGGCUUGAGGCUAAGCAAAGAACUAUGCUUUGAUUUUUAACAAAGGCAAAGGUCACUUUCUAUAGCUUAAUUUCUUGAUGUAAUUUUUUCAUUAAGAUAAUGACAGAAAUUACAGAGACAUUUUAAGCAAUGUAACACAUACCCCUUGAGAACAUUGAAGCAUCUA